AAUUAAUAGAAAUAUUUUGAAUGAUAAUGUGCUCCACGGUCCACUAGUCCACCCCAUUCACUCCUCGUACACUCUAUCCUUGGGAGUUCAUUUCUUUCCUCCAUUAUUUCCUCAAUGAUGCAUGCUUUUCUAUUUUAUUUUUUUGUCCUAUGUUCACCUUCUAUUGCAUCCUUCGUUGAAGCCACUAAAACUCUAAGUGGCUUCAGCAUCGAUCUUAUUCAUCGUGACUCACCAUUGUCACCUUUCUACAAGCCUUCACUCACCCCAUCAGAGCGCAUCAAGAAUGCUGCGAUACGCUCCAUUUCUCGAUCCAAUCGUGUUGGCCACCUUAUGAAGGAAAAUAAAUUACCAAAAUCCAUUACAAUUCCAGAUGAAGGCCUUGGUGAAUACCUCUUGAGAUUUUACAUUGGUACCCCUCCCGUGGAAAGGUUCGCUAUUGCAGACACGGGGAGUGAUCUUAUUUGGGUGCAAUGCUCCCCUUGUGAGAAAUGUACACCCCAACAUGCCCCAUUAUUUGACCCAACAAAGUCUUCCACGUUUAGGACCGUGUCAUGUGACUCACAACCUUGCACACUACUCACCAAGAAUGAACACGGGUGUGCAAGAUCAGGUGAGUGCUUAUAUGAAUAUGGUUACGGUGACCAAUCAUUCACUAGUGGAAAAUUGGGUGUUGAUGUGAUCAAUUUUGGUGGUGGGGGCAAAGCUGCUACAUUUCGUAAGUUAUUAACUUUUGGGUGUGGAACAUACAAUAACGAUACCGUGGCUGAGAAAAUCAUGCCAAGGAACACAGGACUAGUCGGUCUUGGAGCAGGACCAUUGUCGUUAAUUUCACAACUAGGUGAUGAAAUUGGUAACAAAUUUUCCUACUGUUUCAAUCCUUUGGACUCAAACUCCACUAGCAAAUUGAAAUUUGGGGGUGUGGGAAUUGAAAAAGUAAUAAAAAGGGUUGUGUCCACUCCCCUCAUACUCAAAUCUUCUGAUUCCGGCUUUUACUUUCUCCAUCUCGAAGGCAUCAGCGUUGGAAAAAAGGUGGUGAAGACAGUUAAAAGCCAAACAUAUGGCAACAUCAUCAUCGAUUCCGGGACCACAGUGACGAGUCUCAAACAAAGUUUCUACAACGAGUUUGUGACUUUGUUGAAGGAAGUCAUGGGUGUCAAGGAGGCACCGGAAAGUCCUGAAAAUACAUUUUGUUUUAGACAUGAUGUUAAGAAGGGUUUCCCUGAUUUUGUGUUUCAUUUUUUGGGAGCUAGGGUUCGCUUGAAUCAACAAAACCUAUUCCAAUAUUACGAUACUGAGAACUUGUUUUGCUUGUUGGCACAUCCCACUGCUGAAGAUGAAUAUGCAUUCCUUGGAAGCCAGACUUUGGUUGGUUUUCGAGUGGAGUACGAUCUUAGUGGAGGAAAGAUUUCCUUUGCUCCUACUGAUUGUACCAAAUAUUAGGUUAAUAUCUUUAUGUUUGCUUAAUAAACAUUUCAAUCGUGCUUGUACCAAGAAGAGAUAAAAGGCUUAAUGCUUUGCAUGUCUCAUGAUACAAAUAAAAGAAUAUAUUACAUAUA